AUGCCGGACAACGCGGAUAGCAAGAGCCUCAAACGCCGGGAGACACUCAAAGCCAUCCACGUGGCCUUGAACUGCUGUGGCCUAGCAGGAGGCGAGGAACAGUUUAUCUCGGACAUCUGCCCCCAAAAGCAAGUUAUUGAAACCUUCCAGGUUAAGUCCUGCCCAGAAGCCAUCAGUGAUGUCUUCAACAGCAAGUUAUACAUCAAUGAAGCAGUGAUCAUUGGCACGGCCAUAAUGAUGAUCUUCGGUGCAAUUUUCAGCGAGGUCCUGUGCUGCCUCAUCCAGGAGCCAAGAAAUGAUCCAGAGACGGCCCGACCCAGUGCGGGAGCAUCGAGCCUGGAUGGGCCCCAGCGGGAGACACUCAAAGCCAUCCACGUGGCCUUGAACUGCUGUGGCCUAGCAGGAGGCGAGGAACAGUUUAUCUCGGACAUCUGCCCCCAAAAGCAAGUUCUUGAAACCUUCCAGGUUAAGUCCUGCCCAGAAGCCAUCAGUGAUGUCUUCAACAGCAAGUUUUACAUCACUGUAGCAGUGAUCAUUGGCACGGCCAUAAUGAUGAUCUUCGGUGCAAUUUUCAGCGAGGUCCUGUGCUGCGUCAUCCAGGAGCCGAGAAAUGAUCCAGAGUCGGCCCGACCCAGAGGGGGAGCAUCGGUCCGACCCACAGCGGGAACAUGGGCCCGACCCAGAGCGGGAGCUCCGAGGACUAAUGGGGCUGUUUGAAUUUUUUAAAUACUAAUAUUAGUAUUUAAAAGACCUGGAUAAAUCCAGACCCCCCGCCCAGCAGGAAAAAAUUGAGCAUAAAAUCUAAGCAGGGAGAGAAGAAUGAGAAAUCUGUGACUAGCCCGUUUACUAACUCUGUUUCAGGAACUAGCUGAAGAUAAACUUAGAUUGUAAUCUUGAGAAUAGUCUUGAGAAACAGGGAGUUGCCCCCUUGUGAUCA